AUGGAUUGCUUGGAUUUUGGUUUGUAGAGGUUGGGGGGUAUAGUAUAAUCAAGGAUCUAUUAAAAGCAGGAGAUGUUAAUGUAUUAGAUAGUGAACAUAAAAUAACUCCUUUGCAUAUAGUAACUGAAAAUAGCCUUUUAAGGCUAGUAAAGACUCUAUUAGAAAAAAAGCGUAAAUCCCUUUUUAAGGAUGGGAAUGUUUGGAAUUCAAGAGAAUCAGCUAAUUAUGAUAAUAUGUCACAGCUUUUAAAGAAGGUAGAGAAAGACGGACAUUUAACCAAUGACGAUAAAAUCGUUCCUAUUGCUUGUUUAAGCGCAAUAAUUGGAGCGACAAUAAUAGUGUGGCGUAUUGAAAAAUCAAACAUUCUUAUUGAAGCAGCAUCUAUAACGUUAGCAGCUCCUCAAAUCCAACACUGUUACUAG